AUGGCCCUCACUUCCUCCCCCUACUCCGCUCAACUCACGCCGACGCAGCUGGGCGGAAACUUUCACAGCUCGCCGUCUAGGAUCUCCACCAUGUCCGCGCGUACAGUGUCCAUUAACAUGGACGGCACCCUCGGCGACUAUGGCAAUGAGACGGACCAGCCUAGUCUCGACAUGAACGACAUGGUCGCCGACUUUGACGGCACGGGUGUCUUGAACUUUGGCCAGCCUGAAGAGGCCAAGGAUGGGCAAACUGAUUUGAACUCUACUGACGCCACCGCAGACCCCGACCUCCAACGGACGAGCGGCGGCCCAACACCUACGUCUUCCCAUAUGCCGCUGGCGUCGAGUUCGCAACCGCCGCCGACGAACAUUGACGACAUGUUCAAGACUGAGACUGGGCUCGAUGGUCCCAGCGACGAUGAGGACGAGGACUCGCCGGCGCCGCAACCCAAACGCAGGCGAGAGACCCAGGACGUCCCGGGAGGCUUCACGCUCGCGGACAAGGAUGGUGAGACCGGUCGGCGCAAGAUCCGCAUCGAGUACAUCACCGACAAGUCGCGGAGACAUAUCACUUUCUCCAAGCGUAAAUCUGGAAUCAUGAAGAAGCUGUCGAUUCUCACCGGCACCCAGAUCAUGUUGCUCGUCGUCUCCGAGACGGGUCUCGUCUACACGUUUACGACCGAGAAGCUGCAACCUCUCGUGACCAAGAACGAGGGACGGAAUCUUAUCCACGCUUGUCUCAAGUCGUCUGACGGCAUUGGGCCCGAUGGGCAGCCGAUCGGACCACUCGUCGGUACGAAGGGAGGGAAGAAUGGCGGAUUGUCGAUCCGCCCGCACAAGCUCAGCGCAGAAGCGAGCAAGGCCAUGUUGGCUACUGCAGCUCAGGUGGCGGGGGCGACCCCGGACGAGGCGGCCGCGCAUGCAGAGGCCCAAACGCGGUCCAUGGCCGCCAUCGGCAACGGCACGCCGGUCGCGCAGCGCCCCAAGAAGCGCUUGCCGUCAAAGAAGCGCUCGGCUUCGCAGCCCAACCUGUCGACCGAUGUGCCCACUGCGCCGGACGUUAUCCCGCCGGUGCCGCCGAUCCCCGACAUGCACCGCCAGUCCUCUCCGACGACUCACAUGGGCCUUCCGCAUCCGCAGCAGCACCCGAAUCCGCUCCAGUCGCCACUGUCCGGAGGUUACCACAUGGGCAUGCCGAGUCCCAACGCAUACCAGUACCCGCCACCUACGCCGUCUGGACCUGGUGACUAUGCGGCCGCCCCGCUGCAGUACGGCUACCCGCAGCAGGCGGGCCACCCCGGGUUCCUCGUACACCCCGGCAUGUACCAGCAGCCCCCGCCCCACCCUCAGCAGCAGGACGACCGGCGGAUGAUGCAGGGCCCGCCCAUGUGA